AUGUUUAAAUCUAUCCGUGCUGCCACAUCACUCACUCAGCGUGCAUCUUUGGUUGCUCGCAAGCCUCUUGUUCAACAACAAAAGCGUUUCCUCAACAUUCAUGAAUAUCUUUCUGUCAAAGUGUUGAGAGAAUAUGGCAUCAACGCACCCAAGGGUGAAGUCGCUAAAACUCCUGAGGAAGCUUACAAUAUUGCCAAAGACCUCGGCAGCGAUGACCUUGUCAUCAAAGCUCAAGUACUUGCUGGUGGACGUGGUAAAGGUACCUUUGAUAAUGGUUUCAAGGGCGGUGUCAAGACUUUCAACACACCCGAAGAAGCUAAGGAACUCGCUGAAAAGAUGCUUGGUCAUAAAUUGAUCACCAAACAAACCGGUGCUGAGGGCAAGCCUUGUAAUGCAGUUUAUAUCUGUGAACGUAAAUAUGCCCGUAACGAAUAUUAUUUUGCCAUCUUAUUGGAUCGUAAGUCUGCUGGUCCAGUCAUUGUCGCUUCUUCUCAAGGUGGUGUUGAUAUUGAAUCUGUCGCCGCUUCGAAUCCUGAAGCCAUUAUUACAUUACCCAUUGAUCCUAAGGAAGGUUUAUCACAAGAAAAGGCUUUAGAUCUUGCUAAGAAAUUGGGAUUCACUCCCCAAGGUGUUGAGCAAGCUGCUGACACUUUCCUCAACCUCUACAAGUUGUUCAAUGAAAAGGAUGCCACACAAGUUGAAAUCAAUCCUUUAUCUGAAUCCAGUGAUCACCAAGUUCUUUGCAUGGAUGCCAAGUUGAACUUUGAUGAUAACGCCGACUUUAGACAAAAGGAAGUGUUUGAAUUACGUGAUUUCAGUCAAGAAGAUUCCCGUGAAAUUGCUGCAGCCAAGCAUCAUUUGAACUAUAUUGGUUUAGACGGCAACAUUGGUUGUUUGGUCAAUGGUGCCGGUCUUGCUAUGGCCACCAUGGAUAUCAUUCAACUUCACGGUGGUAAGCCUGCCAACUUUUUAGAUGUCGGUGGUGCCGCUACUCCUGAAGCUGUCAAGGCUGCUUUCGAAAUCAUCACUUCUGAUCCUCACGUCUCUUCCGCCUUUGUCAAUAUCUUUGGUGGUAUCAUGCGUUGUGAUGUGAUUGCUGAAGGUAUCAUUGCCGCUGCCAAAGACUUGGACCUCAAGAUCCCUCUUGUUGUUCGUCUUCGCGGUACUAAAGUCGAAGAAGCCAAGAAAUUGAUUGCUGAUUCAGGCCUUCGUAUCUUUGCUGUUGAGGAAUUAGAUAGCGCUGCUCAAAAGGCUGUCAAGUUCUCUCAAAUUAUAUCCUUGGCUAGAGAAGCCAAUGUUGAUGUCAAGUUUGCUUAA